GUGGAAAUCACUCUAUGCCCCAUUACCUGCUUGAGUGAAACGAGACUAAGAACUUCUGUCAUGGCAGCUUUUCUGCUGGGAGCUGUGUUGCUUAUUGUUCAACCUCAGAUAGUGCCUUCCAGACCGGCUAUAAAUUCGAAGGCUGAGACUUCUUCUCAGUCUGUUCAGAGAGAGCUUUUAAAGAAAACAUCUCAAAAAAAUGACUUCAAGGAAAACAUUCAUUCUAAUGGAUCAUGCCGGCAGCUGCCACAGACUAUCAUUAUUGGAGUGAGAAAAGGUGGUACAAGAGCUUUGUUAGAGAUGUUGAGUCUCCAUCCAGAUAUUGCGGCAGCAGAAAGUGAAGUUCACUUCUUUGACUGGGAAGAUCAUUACAGAAAUGGAUUGCAGUGGUAUAUUAAUCAAAUGCCAUUCUCUUAUCCCCAUCAGAUCACCGUGGAAAAAACUCCAGCAUAUUUCACAUCACCUAAAGUGCCUGAAAGAGUUUAUAACAUGAACCAAUCAAUGAGACUACUCCUUAUUUUAAGAGACCCAAGUGAGAGAGUACUAUCAGAUUACACUCAAGUGUUCUAUAAUCACAUGCAGAAGCACAAGCCGUAUCCAUCCAUUGAACAAUUCCUGAUUAAAGAUGGUGAUCUUAAUGUGGACUACAAGGCAAUAAACAGAAGCUUAUACUACAUUCACAUGCAAAACUGGCUGAAGUAUUUUCCUCUUAAUCGUAUCCACAUAGUAGAUGGGGAUAAACUAAUCAAAGAUCCCUUCCCAGAAAUAGAGAAGGUAGAGAGAUUUUUGAAGUUAUCGCCACAGAUAAAUGCUUCAAACUUUUAUUUCAAUAAAACUAAAGGCUUCUACUGCCUAAGGGACAGUGGCAGAGAGCGUUGCUUACAUGAGUCAAAAGGACGGGCACACCCACAAGUAGAUACCCGAUUACUUGAGAAACUGCAUGAGUAUUUCCAUGAACCCAACAAGAAAUUUUUUGAGCUUGUGGGCAGAACAUUUGACUGGCACUCAGUUGUGGCAAGUUAGUGGUAAACUUCAGAACCUAU